AUGACAGUGAAUCAGUAUGAGCAAAUACGUAAGUUUCUUCACUUCAAUGACAACAGUGCAAUGAUACCCAGGGGUGAAGAAGGUCAUGAUAGACUCUUCAAGAUAAGACCCAUAAUAGAAUUGAUGAGAUCUCGUGGCAUAUCUGGUUAUGCCUACGAUUUUGAGAUUUUUACUGGAGAUGAAAAUGAACCAGAAAAAAGAGUGACUCGGGAGGAAGACUUGGGAGCAAGUGCAAAUGUUGUAGUUCGACUCAGAAUUUACUCACUUGGGACAGUCAGAAGAAACAGAGUGCCAGACUGCAAGCUCCCUUCAGAAGCUGAGCUGAAGAAAAUGGCACGAGGUGCAUCAGUAGAGGACGUCGCAACAGUGUAUGGUGUCGACAUAUCAAAUGUAGUGUGGAAAGAUAACAAGAGUGUGAUGUUGCUUUCUACACUUGCUGGACAGCAGCCUAUUCAUGAAGCAGGGAGGUAUGACAAAGAAACAAAGUCAAGAAUAACAAUACCUUGUCCACAAAUAAUUAAGCUCUACAAUAAACAUAUGGGAGGUGUUGACCUUCUUGACAGCAUAAUGGGUCGACAUAAAAUUCUUGUGAAAAGUCGAAAAUGGUAUAUAAGAUUGCUUUACCAUCUCCUGGACAUGGGAGUAGUCAAUUCCUGGCUGUUGUAUAGGAGAGUAGCAGAAACCAAAGGGAUUAGGAGAACUAUGAAACUCUCCGAAUUUCGAAUGGAAAUUGCUCACUGUUUGUGUCGCUCAGGUCAAACUUCAGCAAAACGUGGAAGGCCAAGUAAUGAACUCGAAAACCAAAUACAAGCUAAGAAGACAAAGGGGCCCACAGCAUAUGUACCUCCACAAGAUGUAAGGCUGGAUCAAGUAGGUCACCUGCCUUCGUACUUGCAAGAUUUUUCCCUUCCUAUACAGAGUAUUUAA